UUUCAUUUCAUUCAUUGUUUAUUUUUCUCUUUCUAAAUACUUCUAUUGUCCUGCUCGUUCUGACAUUUUAUCAUGUCAUUCAUUGUAGUCGAUGCAAGAGUUUCGAUCGAAUGUUAAACUUUUGGGUACCUAUAUUAUAGUGAAUUUUUGAUUAUUUUGGAGAUAAAUGUUUACUAACAUUAGUUGUAUUGUGUAUUGCUCUGUUUCUGUUUUCGUUAUAAAGGCAAUCGUAAUUAGUUUUGAUGAAAGUUUACGCAGGCGUCAUAAGACCUUGUGUUGUGCCUAAGUGCUCCAUAAAAUAGUUGGCGUUUCUAAACAUUUUAUCACGCUGAAAACAGGUGUUUGUUGUAUCGAGUGUGGUAUUAUCCAAACUUAAGACAUACUUCCGCUAAACAUUCCUAAGUAGGUCAUUUUGUGAAGCGGAUAUCUAUAGCGAAACCGGCAUGAAUGUUCAUCAUCGUAUGUUCUAGAUUGUUGCAAGACAAUGGCUUAUUUGUCGUGGAAACUUAGUCUCUUUUAGAGACGAUGGAAAGGUUAUAUCAUGACUUAAACCUGGCUUUAGAAGAGAGUAAUUGUGGCCGGCAGGAUAGGCGGAGGCUGGGGCUCCGAAGGCGCACCAGAUCUGCUGGAAACCUGCCGGCCGCCGUAGCAGUGAGCCUGGUUGAAGAUGGCAGUUCUAGUAGUCCUCCACAAGCACCCCUCAUCACUCAGCCGCUCUCGGACUCCGAUGACCCUCAGGUCUCCUUGCACAAACCCACGGGCCACAAGGCUCGGCAUUACUGCCAAAUUGGCAACUUCGAGUCUGACUCAUUUAAUGAGAACUUCUCUCCUACGAGGCCGGCUAACGCCAGGCGGAAACGGAAGUACAAGAAGAUGCCAGUGGAGUACAGUGAUGGGAAGACCUCGCCGCCGAUUGAGAUUUUGAGUGUUACGACCGAGGCCAAUGCUUUGCCGGCCGCAGUCAUGUACCAAACCCAGGGUCUGUCUCCCUUGACUUACGUCACCAAACAUAUGCCUGAGAGAAACGCUUUCUGCGGAAAACGGAAGUGGUCCCAUAGGGACAAGGGGGACGGUUGUGAGAUGAGGGAGCGGUCCUUCAGCGGCGGCUGCUCCUCCAAGUCUGCGUACUUCAAGAACGACUUCAAGUGCAGGAAGUACGACGCUGAGAAAAAGAGGAAAGACUCAGUACUCCAACCCGGCAAGAUAGUGCUGAAAUCUCAAAACAAAGAGGGAACCCCGUCGACUUUCACCAAUACUCCCUCACUCCCGGGCAGUUCCAGCUUCAAUUUCGUUUAUAAAAAUUCAAAAAACGGAACACCGACCUUAUCGAAACUGACAGGUUAUAAGAUAACCACAGAUUUACCGCCAUUCUUCAACCCCACGACCAGUACAGGGAAAUGUCACAGGAAAUACAAGAUGUUCAACAAAAGUCACCCGCCGAAUCUGAGGAAUCCUUUACAAUUUGAAGACUCCAACUCCGGUAUGGACUGCGCUGGUAACGAAUCCAGUUCGUUGAGCAGCAGCGAUUCGGACGGUGUGGUGACCAAUGACAGCGACAGGGAGGGAGACGAUGAACUCACAGACUGGCCCGGCAUCGAGGAGCUGAAGGUCUUCAACAAGAGUCUGACAUUCAAAUCCUCCAAAUCCGUGAACAAUAACACCGUCAGCGCUAUGCCGCCGCCGAAGCGGUUAAAAAAGGAGAAGUUGUUGUCGAAAGGCGGGUGGGCGGGUUGCAAGAACAAGUUUAAGAAGAAAAGAGCGAAAGUAGACUCUGGCAAUGAAGAUGACGCCAUGAUGUCGGAUUCCAAAACCGUUGUAGAUUUAGAAGACGAUGUGUUGUCUAAAGAGAAUAUACUUCAACCGCAUUCCUCGUUUUCAAGCUUUAGUGAUGUGAAAAACGCCGGUGUUUCAGGACUGAACGCGAACGAGUCGUUUUUUCAUUCGUUCCAAGCGUUCGAAGAGAAGUCCUCGAAUGAAAUGUUCAGUCAGGCGCCGCGGAGUAACUUCGCGUUGCAGAAGACGUCGUCGAGUGAUCUGAAUGUGAGUGAGAAGUCGCCGCAGAGUGACCAUUAUUGUAGUGAACAUUCGAUGAACAUAGUGACCGAAGUUAGGGAGAUCCGGGCUGGUUGUAGGAGGAUCAGGGAAGAAAGACCAGGGUUUUUGAUCCUGAGCGCGGCCAACGAGCAGUUGUCCAAGUUCCUGCAGGAUUCUUGUCAAACGGAGCUGAAGCUGCCGAGUCUACACGACCCGGAGGAGAAAGAGAAACUGGAGUCUCUGGCCAAGUUGUACUCCUUGGAGCUGCAGGUGGAGAUGGGGAGGCCUGUUUUGAGGAAGACCAGCAACACAAUGCAAGCGAUCAGAGUGGAGCAUUCACAUUGUCAUUUACCGUCGGACCACAAGCGGAGGUGCUACGGAGAUCAGGACAGCAUCAGCGUAAGCGACCAAAACUCGGCGUCUUCUAGCAACGAGUUGGAAGACGCCCCCGAUCUGAUCUGCGAUAUACAGAAGCAGUGUGCUAAUGAUGUUACUAGCGACCUGGUCGAGACCUUCUCACAUACACUAGUUGAUAAGACCUUAUUACAUCCUGGUGAUUUAGAUUGAAAAAGGUUAUGUUUUGUAUAAAGAAUCUUUUUUUUUUUUGCCUUUGAUUAUAUUUAUAUAUUUGAUUAUAGAAAACCGAUAAACGUUGUGAAGUGGAGAUUUAUUUGCAUAAAAUAGGGCUGCCUCAGAUGUCACAAGGAUGACAUUAAAGAACUGUCAUUUUUAUUAAGGUUUGAUUUUGAAUUUAUCGUGUUUUGAAAUUUGUGUGACGAAAUCGACAGCUAUAUCCCAUUUGAUAACAUUUCAAAAUUCUUACAUAUUUUUUAAAAUAAUGUAAUAUGAAACAUUAACCAUGAUUAAGACACCAAUAUUUUUUGAUUUGAGGUUUUUAACAUAUUAAAUUUUAUGUUUGAAAUUUGUGUCGUUCUAAAAGGACUUAGAGUUUUAUACUGCUGUCAACGUUUUCAGUCUUUAAAAACAAAUUGACAUUAUUGACACUGACAGCAGAUGUUUUGUAUUCAAACAACCUAUGAAUCGUUUUCAGAUCGUAUACCUACCGUCCAAUUUCGUAACUUCGUGUCUCUUAAAACCAUGACAUUGGCAGAAUCACCAAAAGUCCGGUGGAAGCCAUAAUAUAGAAAAGAUAGAAAAGAAAACCUGUGAAUCGUUAUUUUCACUUCUUGUUAUGUAAAAAAACAUGAAAGAAAAAUUAUAAAUUGACGAAAGAUGUUAUGUUUACGCCUACGAAUGUUAUUUUUCCUGACAUUUGACAGUUAAAAAGAAUCUCAGUUGAUGAAUUGAAGCUAGCAACAGAAGAUUACGAUAUGUAACUAAAUUCUCUUCGUCAAAGAGAUGACGUCACAACUCUGAUUUUGGGGUUUAUUAAUUUUCUCAAAAAUAAAUCGAUAAAAAGAUCUAUUGAUAUUUUUAGGUAUUUUUUCACGCCUUCAAGAAUCCUUCUACAUAUUCCAUAGAUCUCAGCGUUCUGUGUCAUAAUUAAGUAAUCUCAUCACUUUGGAGAAGAGCUCGGGGUAUACCUUUGACCAUAAAUUUGCAAAUAUACUCUCCGCUUCGCUUGUCGUCCGAAAUUAUAAGCAUUUUAUAUUAAACAUAUAACAUAUGUACCUAUUUGAAUAAACAUUAUCGUUGUCCCAAGUUAUAGUAAUGUUCGGAUGUUUUUAGAGUUUUACAAGUCAAUUUAUAAACUAAGAUUAGAUACUUGUUGUUCCACAAAUGUUUUAUUGGUAAUAAUAUUAUUAUAAAGUUACAUAGGUAUAUUGAAACUAUUUUUUAGCGUCGAUCUCAUUUGGAAUUUGUAUAUACGUGGAAAAGUUUAAAAUAAAGCACGAAUGUGGUCUAAGGCUGAUUAAGAUUCCCCUUUUAUGCGUAAGUUUACAUAAACUUUCAUCAACAAAUGAUACAUUGGAUUAAAAUGACUUAAAUUAUCACAGAAUAUUUACUUGUAUAUUAAAAUAAAUAAUUAUAUAACAAUAUUGUUAUACUUAAAAGAGGUUUUAUACUUUAAAAAAAAGACAAAUCUGAUUUCUUUAUUUUGAGAUUUGGAAAAUUGAAUGAAAUAAAUCAUUUGGAAAUGAAAGUGAAAGUAAGUAACUUGAGCACACUAGUUAAGUAUUAGUAAGUAACUACCUACUUAAUUCUCCACCAAUUGUUUUAUUUGCAAAAUGUCAAUAUUAUAUGAUAUAAUAUUAAACGCUUUAUUGAAACAUGGUAUAAACUGGUAAAUGUAAAAAUAAUAGGACGAAAUAUCGUCCUAUUUUUACUUAAACUAUUAAAAUGAGGCAGUACCUAACAGGUCAAAAAUAAAUAAUUCAUUCCUUAUAAAUAGUGGUGUUUUUUAUGCAUUCGUUGUAAGUAUCUACUGUGUAAUAUAAAAGUUACGUGUAAAGUGUAUAAUGUACUGAAUAAUUAAAAAAAAAAAAAAUUGCAGGCAAUUUGAUAAAAAUUAAAUGUUUGGAACGACUUUACACUGUAUCAAUUGUUGAUCACAUUUUUAAUUGUAUUUGGAUUUAUAUAGUAAGUUACAUUCUAUCAUAGUAAUAGAUAUAUUGAAACAGAAAAAUAUGACAACUCUCUUAACUCACUAUGAAAUAGAAUAAAAUCGUCAUGGACAAUUUUGUGACAAAUAUAGUUUUAAUUUGUAAGGCCUGUGCACAUCAGAAGCAGGUCAGAAACAGCGCAGUUUGUCAGUGAGCCUCAUGUUUUAACCUUUGAACGCCAUGGUUUACGCUAGGCGUCUAUUAGAGGCCGAGACGCCAAUGACACUGUAGCGGGAGCAAUGAUUCGGCUCGACCGCCACCAAAGGGAAGAUCUUCCGCCAGGCUAGGUGUUAUGCCUGGGGAACCGCGGCUCCAACGAUGUUGUGUCGGAGGUUGUAUAUAUAGCUCCAAUCCGUGAAAUCUCUGAAAUCGCGAUUUGGGUUCUUCGCUGCUAUUGGCUGAGCGCGUCGAUUUCUUCGAGAUGAUUGACAGUUGUUGUGUGAUUUGAUGUUGUUGACGAGUGGCGUAGAGAUGGCGCCACAGUACUCCCCCCCAAGACCGGAGGUCUGAAGUCUUGAUCUUGCUGUGCAAUCUGUGCUUCAGUAGCUUGCAAGUGCCAGUUGUCUUCCAGUGGGUCGGAAGUUGCUCGAAGUCCUAGUGAGUCAGGAGUGAGCCGUUGCGUUGCUCGUAGUCUGCGGUGAGUCGAGACAGUAGAGAGCGAAGUCGACUUGUUGGCGCCGGGAGAAAUCGUGCAGAGCUGCCACGCUGGAGAGAAGAGCGGCCGUCGAAGAGAUCCAGGCGUGGGCUGCGGUAGAUGCGUCGGUCGCUGAAGUCGAUUAGAGUGAGUGCGGGUGGAGACAGGACCAGGAAGCUCGGUGAGUCGGCUGCGAUGGACCUGCUGCGAUACCCAAGUUGCUGGCUUGCUGUGAGACUGCUUGCGGAGUGAGGAGUGAUGCUGAGGAUUGGAGUUGAUGAUGAUGGAGAAGGUUGCUUCCAAUCACGUCGGGGUCACCAAUGUAGCGGGAGCAAUGAUUCGGCUCGACCGCCACCAAAGGGAAGAUCUUCCGCCAGGCUAGGUGUUAUGCCUGGGGAACCGCGGCUCCAACGAUGUUGUGUCGGAGGUUGUAUAUAUAGCUCCAAUCCGUGAAAUCUCUGAAAUCGCGAUUUGGGUUCUUCGCUGCUAUUGGCUGAGCGCGUCGAUUUCUUCGAGAUGAUUGACAGUUGUUGUGUGAUUUGAUGUUGUUGACGAGUGGCGUAGAGAUGGCUCCACAACACCUUGAAAUGCCGCCGCGCAGCAGUGUGGCGACUUUGAAGACUUUCUCGCGUUACAAUUUUGUGCUGGCUUCUAACUGCGCUGCUUUUAUACAGCUUUUGGUGUGCCCGAGCCUUUAUUGUCUCUAAUACAGUGUUGGUAUUUGAGAUAAUUUUAUGAUGUUCGACAGUAUGUAAUGAAUGUGAAUUUGAACGGGAUUAUCGUUUUGAAAUCGUCGGUUGGAAUGCCAUAUAUAGGUACUAAGAUAUUUGCGGAGACAAUUUUAAUUUACUGGAUUUAAUUAAUCAAAUAACGACCGUUAUCAUCCUGGCGUUUGUCCUGGUUUAGUCGUGAGGGGAAUGUACUUUUAUUUGCCUACGUACGGCGAGGCAAAUUUUAAUGUUUAUUUUAAAGAGAAUUUGUAUUUUAUUUUGUAUUUGUGAAUUUGUGAAUUACAUAUUUGGGUUUGGUGACUCACCUAAUUAAAGUCAUAGAAAACAUCACUAACAAACCUGCACAUUCAAUUCUGUAUGUGCAACCAAAGAUGAUCCGAUACGGGUUAGGUUUCCCCUGUAAAUUUGCAAAGGUCAGACGGAAUUCGGUCCGUGUGUGUAAUAACAUGACUUAUCUAUUCCCGAACGGCGGUAAUGGGUGAACCCUCGCCAGAGGUUGCAAUCGGGACAAAUACCAAGUGGAUUAAUAUAUUUCAAUAGAUAGAAUUAUAUGCAGUUAAAAAGUUGUCUAGGCAUGUAAAAAUUAAAAAAAAAACCAUUUUGCAGCAAAAAAUAUAUACUAGAGACAACAACGAAAGAAUGAUAUUUUUCUUUGUGGUCUAUGUACAAACUGUCGAAUAAAAUUUACUCUGUGAAACUUACUUGGGUAAGUUAAACAAAAUACCUGUUUACUACUUGUAUUAUUUAUAAAUACAUAGCAAAAUGCAACGCGAAAGUUUAAAAUCAGGUAUAGUUAAAACUCAAUAAAUUGGACGGAACAGAUUGAAUGAUGAAUGAAAUGAAUGAUAGUUUAAUAAAAUGUGAAGACUAUAUAGUUGUAUGUUUGUCCUUAAUGUUUCAGAUGUACUUUAGAUGUUUAGACAAACAUAUUGUGUAUAUUUAUAGUUGUAUAUGAAUCAAUGUUACUAUUGGGAUGGAUAUUGUAAUAACAAAUACAGAAUAUACUUUGAAAUUGAUGUCUUUUUUUUCCUAUACUACUAGCUGUGCCCGCGACUUCAU